AUGUACGAUAUCAAAAGAAAACUGCGUGAGCGAAUAUCCGAAAAAAUAUGGGGGAAAUGGUUUAUUAUAUUGGCCGGGGUUCAGUUGGUCAUUACUAUUCCCAACCUUAUUGCUACCUUGAUAAUUUUUCACCCUAUUGGAGAUCUUGGGUCACGACAAGAUCAAAAGGGUUGGGUUCUUGAUGGAUACAAAGCUAUCCGCAUACAAGCAGAGACCAUUUGGUUUAUAUUAUUCGAAGUCUGGCGUUUUUGGCUAGCCUUUGAUGGGGUUGUCCAAGGAAGUUCGCUUACAGUGUUUCUCGCAUUCGGUUCUACUAUAUUUGCUAUUGCCUUGGGAAUUAUGCAAAUUGUAGAAUUCGAAAAGGCAGUUGGAAAUCUGACAGUCAAUAUAAUUCCUCAUAUAGUCAUGACUACCCUGCUUCUUAUCUUGACGGUCCCUACUACCUACGUAACAUACAAGCUUUAUAAAAACUGUGAUUGGAUCAUAUACAAGAAGUUAGGUUCCGAUGUCAAUCUACACCGGAUGUACCAUUGGGUCCAAUGCUAUGUGCUUGCCGUAAAAAGUAACCUGUUCUUUCAAGUUCUACUUAUUAUAUUCUAUGCUAUAUAUAUUAUGCUAUUUGGACCAGAUGCUUGGAUUUGGGCAUUCUCCAUUUGUGCACCUAUCUUAAGUGCAGCGUUCCUCCUUUUUGGUCGAAAAGCAAUUGCUGACGAGCAGCAUUGGAUGAUGAUUACCUUUCUUUUCUAUCAAAUGGCAAUUAUUGUUCUCAAUAUUAUUGUCUUGGUCUGGUCUAUUGGAUACAUGAAAGCUGACAUUUGGUAUUUCUUGUGUGCAUAUGCCGGAUGUUCUGUCAUAAUGUGUCUAGCAAUCCAAAUCGGAUGGUACAAGACCAAGAAAGACCACACAGUGCUGGACAGAAGAAUUGCUACAAAUCAUUUUUCAGAAACAAUGUCACUAGAUGGCUGGGGUAAAAAUGACGAUAUGAUGUAUAUUGACCCAGACAGUAGUCUUAUAACCAGCAAUUGUUUAGUAAACGAUGAGAUUAGUAUUAAAGAGCCUUAG